AGGGCACGGCGCACGCAAAGCUGCACGUCUUUGCCAAACAAUCAGGGCUGUUUGGAUAUCGAAUGCGUCCUCUUCUCCACAGAUUUCUUUAAAAAGAAAUCCCUUCAAGCAUUUCGUUUUGCUCUCGUUUGAAAGGAUGGCUGAAAGCGAGGUGGACACGCCGAGCACCCCGAUUGAAUAUGAGAGCAAAUACUUCGAGUAUCAUGGAGUUCGACUCCCUCCUUUCUGCAGGGGCAAGAUGGAUGAGAUCGCCAACUUUUCGUUAAGAAGUAGCGACAUAUGGAUCGUUACAUACCCCAAAUCAGGUACGAGUUUGUUACAGGAGGUGGUGUAUCUUGUGAGUCAGGGUGCGGACCCAGAUGAGAUCGGGCUCAUGAAUAUUGAUGAGCAGCUUCCUGUGUUGGAAUAUCCACAGCCGGGAUUGGAGAUCAUCCAGGAGCUGACAUCACCUCGUCUGAUCAAAAGCCACCUGCCGUAUCGUUUCAUGCCUACAGCGAUGCACAAUGGAGAAGGCAAGGUGAUCUAUAUGGCCAGGAACCCUAAAGACCUGGUUGUGUCCUACUACCAGUUUCAUCGCUCCUUACGAACCAUGAGCUACCGGGGUACAUUCCAGGAGUUCUGCAGGCGAUUCAUGAACGAUAAGUUGGGAUACGGCUCCUGGUUUGAGCACGUUCAGGAGUUCUGGGAGCAUCGCAUGGACUCGAAUGUGCUCUUCUUGAAGUAUGAGGAUAUGUACAAGGAUCUGGGAACCCUGGUGGAGCAGCUGGCUCGCUUUCUUGGCAUCUCGUGUGAUAAAGUCCAGCUGGAGAGCAUGGUGGAGAGCUGUAACCAACUCAUCGACCAGUGCUGCAACUCCGAGGCCCUGUCUAUCUGCCGGGGUCGCGUUGGACUUUGGAAGGACAUUUUCACUGUGUCCAUGAAUGAAAAGUUUGAUGCAGUUUACCGACAGAAGAUGGCAAAGUCUGACCUGACCUUUGACUUUAUCCUGUGAGGGAGUGACACUGGACUAUCCAGCCAGUUCACCUGCAGUGCUAGAUGUCACCUGAUGGACAUUCCCCAUCCAGAUUUGAUCUUUCCAUCGCUAAUAUCUCUUGCUCAUCAAUGCUUUCUUUAGUUCCUCAAAAGCUACUUCUUCAGUACUAAGAGGCCUUUUUUUUCUCUCAUGUGUAUUUGUAUAAACAGUGCAUCAGCAGUGCUGGUCCAAAGUGUAAGCACAGUGCUUGUUGCAUUUGCACAUUGUACAGAGCUACUCCAUAUCCCAAAGGCGCUUAUGAAAAGUGUAUUUAUUAAAAAUCAGAAAUGAAAAAUAAUUUAGACUAUAUUCCAUAUGCUAAUGCGCUUACGACAAACUCUCAGAGAAAGUCGUUGUCGUUUCUCAGGAGGAUUCUUCAUAUCAUUGGCUAAGACAUGCACCACAUAUGCAGUCAUCCAAUCACAGUUCAGGUUGUGAAAACCCGAACCUCACGCUGAAUGCUGAUUGGCUCCUGGCCAAAAGAAGUGUGUGUAAUGUCAUUGCGCUUCUUCUAGUGGCUACUAAACGCUUUGACCUAUAUUCCAGUAUAGCUAUUCAUUAAUACGUAGAUAUUUCACAUUUUUUGUUACAUUUACUCACAUGUGCAUCCAUAAUUUUUGUGUGUCUACAUAUUUGAAUAAGUAAGAAACAUCAGUGCAGGAUCAGUCACAUGAGCAUACAAUUUCUGUGUAAAGGAAUAUGAAAGAAAACAUGUUAUUUCAUUUACAUGCACAUUAUUACUGUAUAUAUUGCAUGAGAAGUGUUAAUACCAGAUAUGAGUUUGUAUUCCGUCAUUAUGUCUUGGUAAAAAUAAUAAAAGAUGCUUAAGGAGAACUCAAGUGCUCAAUAACAAAGUGACUUAACCUCACAUAUCCAACAAUUGCUGUGUUUGGAAUGGAAUACUAGCAUACUACAUAGUAUACUAUUUCUAAAAAUGGAAUGUUCACCAGGAUGCACUAUGCCGCUUACUAAAUUUGUAAUAUUCUACACUGUCACAUGACCUCACAUUUAAUUCAGAGAGAGGCAGUGGUGUCAGAAAUUUAAAUGAAUACUUUACAUUUUUUAUCCAAUUUUUAUGCGGCAGUCUGAUCAAAUAAGAGACGAUUAGAUAUUACAUCUGGUUAAUUUGCAACACUGAGGAUUAGCUGAGUGCAUUGUAUUGUGUGAUUUCAGACUUCAAUGUUACUUGCCGGUUCUUUAUUAUAUAGCAAUUUCUAAGUAAAAACUGAUUCUAAAACCAUUUUAAGUCCAUUUCAUGGUAACCUGAUAAUUAAUGCAUAAAGAAAAUAGUAUGUUUUUUUUUCAGAAAAUAGUAAUUGUAGUAUAUAAGCUAUUAAGAACAUUAUUAUUAUAAUUUUUUAAUUAUUGCAAAAUAGCAUUAAUACACUGAAAAAUUCAUAUUUUCACUCAGAAAUUGCUAGUAAAUUUGAAAAAAAUAAAAAUAAAAGGCAAGUAACAAUUAAUUGAAUGUGAAAUUUUAAAUUAGAAAUUUUGAAACAGUAUUCUCUUGUAAAACAUAAUUGUUUUAUUUACAACUUGUAGUAUGCUAAUAUGCUACUCUGAAGUCGGGCAAUGACUUGAUUCAGGAAGAGAACUUGUGUUCAGACAGGAGAGAGGCUGUGAUGUCCUAAAGCUCUGAAACCUCACGUCCAAUCAGGAGGCUGCAUCAUCACAGUCACUGAAUUCAUUCUUCUACACCAUUUUCUCUUUCUUCAUGCUCACUAUUAUGCCUCUUUUCAGUUCUUUCCUCUGGACACAUUAGCCUGUUGCUCUGAAUGUCUUUACUUUGUGGGACUCACAGAAACUCACAGGCUUCUACCAACAAGUAUUAGUUCUGCUCUACUACAUGGCCAGCCUGCCCUGAUUUAGUCCUGCUAUGCUGUCUUAUGUAACUUGAUGCAUUGGUUUCUUUUCAGUUUUGCUUGCUGGUUUAUUAAUAAAGUGAGAUCUUUAGGCCUCAA